AUGUCGAGGUCGUUGGUCAUGGAGCCCUUGGUACAAGAAGGCCCUAUUCCCCCGGAGCUCGGAAACCUUGGUGCCCUGAAAAUCCUCUCCAUGUGGAACAAUCAGCUGGACGGUGCAAUUCCUGGUGCUCUCGGCUCGCUGAAAAAUCUGACGUGGCUCGACCUCUCCAACAAUGAGCUUUGCGGACCUAUUCCACCGCAGCUGGGCAACCUGUGGUCUCUGAAGCACCUGAAUCUUUCUUCGAACCCGCUGAGCGGAGGCGAGAUCCCGAAGCGGCUGGCGGAGCACCCGCGCUUCAAGAAGUUCAUAGUAGGACGCGCUAUGGACGGACCCCCACUUCCUCAUAUUAAUGACACUGGCCACGCAGUCAAGAUUUUGAUCGUUCCUGUCGCCCUCGGAUACCUGGACUUGACUUCAGACCUCUACACUCCUACUACAAUUCAGGCCACUUAUUUUGAAUUCACUUGCGGUCGUCGGUUCUUGGUAGCGACUCAGUUGAGCUUAUUGCUGGAAGCCGUAUUUUCUGCGGCGUCGCGUACGUACUCCCCUGUCUUAGCCCUUGUGCGCGUCAUCGAACCGCUGUUCGAGUCAGUACCCCAGCUGCUGCUCCAGUUGUACGCGAUGCUACUGCUUUGGAGCGAGACAUCAUUGUCGAAUAGCGACUUGAAUGGGCGCGUGAUUUCCGUGUGCAUCUCGACGGUAAGCCUGGCAUAUGCGGCUACCGACGUUUCCAGUGUCGAGAGACUGCUUAACACCCGUCUUUCGGGGGAAGGUGGCACAGAGAGGUCCAGAAUGUGCCCAGAUUGUCCUUUUAUAACGGGACUGGUGUUUAGUCGGGUGCCGGAGAAAGGUGUUUCGAGACUAGCGGGGAGGAUGGGUUGGGUGCACCCCCGCACUCAUGUGUGGUUCUGCUUCUUGUACCAUGUCCUCGAGAUUGUCAGUCGCUUUGUGCCCCUGACAAUGAUCGCACUGGUGUUACGGAAGUGGUUCUUCUUGGUGUUACCCUACCUCUGGAUCAGCCGGUGUCUCGUAGUUUGGGCUGCGGCCUAUUGGGGGGAAGCUACGAUGGGCUUUAGGUUUCGGGUGAGAAUCGUGGCCAUGCCGUUCAUUGACUCCAUCUUGGACGGGACGCGUGCGUUCGGAGCAGGACUCGUGCUGACCCUCGUGAAGUUCGUUGCUUGCAUCGUGACAUACCACCUGUUCAGCAGCGGCCACUUGCCGCCGCACGCGCGAUGGACGCUCACCAUCAUAGCUAUCUGCUGUAUGGUGGGUAAGAUGCGCUUGGCCCUGCUCGCCAUACUCCCGCUCAAGGCGAAUGAACAUGGGUUCCAAAGCCAGGGCGCCGCAGCUGCCCAAGGGGACGAUGAUGUUCCCGGUGGUGGCACCGACGAACAUUCGACAGGAACGAGGGUGAUAGGAUUAGACGGGCGUGCGGUCGACGUUGAUGAGCUCGAAACGGCGGAGUGCGGAACCCCGGCUUGCUCAGAGGAGACGCCAAGCCAGCCCAUCACGUCUGCCAUGACGAUUUCAGCUUCGGAGAGAGGAGAUGUCAAGGUGGUGGCAUCUCCGCCCGCCAGUAUCCCCCCCGCCUCAUCGGCACCAGCCUCUUCAACAGAGCAGCUUCCCAGUCAUACCAUGGCGAAAGCACCCAUCGUGAUAGCGGGUGCGGUGGGGGUCGCAUUGGGCGCCGGUGGUGAAAUUCGUGGUGUUGAGCGGCAUCGCAACCAGGAGGGAGUCAGGCCGGAAGCAGGCUCAAGAGCUGCCCUACCCACCGGCCUAGACAGCGCCCGUAGCUCCCCCGGUGUCGUCAGACCCUCCCCUGACACCUCCAUUUUCCUAGCCUCUCCGCGCGCCACUAUGAGCCAGGGCGGUUUCUUUGCCCAACAGCAGCAGGAAGAGGGUCAGCAGGACCACCAUAACCCGGACGCGGAUACGGGGAGAUUCCGGCUGGUUGGGGAGGGUGCUCACCCUCUUGCACAUGCGGCCGAACACCUACCCCCAGAUGAUGCUGUCUUGGCGCACCAGGCGGCGGCCUAUCCUUCCGCGAGCUCGAUGUUACCCGCCGCAUCAGCGAUGCCCAACUCUCUGGGGACCGUCCAGCUUCGACAUGGUUUCGUUCAACCAUGUUCCGCUGCCGCGGCGGCGACAGGAGACCCUCAACCUCCGGGCAACAUGUCUGCGACUCAGCAAGCCUGGCACGCUGCGGGUGUUAUGGGCAUGCCGUCCUAUCCGCAGGGCAUGCUUCCGCUUAGGGUAGGCGAUGGGGCUGGCGUCUUCCAGCACAUGGGAUUUACGGGCGAAGGCUGGCCGGGAUACCUGCUGGCACCGCAGUAUUCCUCUCACGGGGUGAUACAGGCGGGGUACACGUUGCCAGAUUGGGCUCCUCCGUGGUACGGGGCGACGGAUAUGGAUUCCUACGCAACAGGCCAGCCGUGGCUUUCCAGAAUGCAACUCCACGCUACAGCACCAGCUGCGUCGAUUGGCGAACAAUUGGCCUGGAGGAGGGCGUAUCACGAGGAAUCGGCGUUGAGCGAGGACUACGGUUGGUGGGAUGAAAAAUAUCUAACUGGUGUGACGACAACGCCAGCAGCAGACGGGUCGGGUGUGGUUCGGGAGUGGCAGGAGACGUGGGAAUCGUAA